AUAAAUAAAGUACGACUGGAUUCUUUGUCAAUCUUUUCGCCGGCUGGUCACAACUCUUUUUCGUGUCAGUGUAGGUACGGUACGUUGUCGUAGUACGAGUACUGUAAUUGUCGUAUACGUCUCCUGUCGAUUUUCUUUAAGUUCGCAAGCAACAAGGAUCGGUUCAACCAUCACAAUGCAAUAAAUUCCAAUACAACACAUCAUGGCGCCAUCGACAAAAUGCCGCAAAACAUGGGUUCCCCUAGUCAAGAUUGCCGCCUCGUCCCUUCUCGAUCUAUYUGGAGACUGGAAGUUUUACAAGGCAAUCGGUGGAAUGGAUCCAAGGAUUGUUGACAAAUACGAAGGCCCAGCCUAUACCGUCUUCUUCUUGGGGUGUAUAAUGAAUGUGCUGCUGCUCUUUACCCUGCUAUGCMGGGGGUUCGCCCCCAAAGAUAGAGGGCUUGAGGGCCSCUUCGAGCUCUGCAUGCAGCAUCUCUACAAGCGGGUCUCUCAGCUCCUGAUAUUAGAUAUCAUCCUAGAGGAUGUGCCGGAGAUAAUCUUGACUGCCCUCGUGAAGCACGACAAGGGAAAAUUGACGCCAGCUCUGAUUUWCAACGCAGCAACGUGCCUUGUACAUUUUGUCGUCAGUAUUUCUGACAUACUGGCACCGGACGACGAGGACGAGGACGAGGACGACAAGACUGCUGCGGAGGCGACUGAUCCAGAGAGACAAAGACUCAUUGAAACCGCUUCUGCAUGAUCCGACUCAUGAGUGUUCACGAAACAAAACCCAACAAAGACUCUGCUGGAAAGAAAAAGUACUCUAUGCACUGACCUGUGCUCCAAAAGUGAUUCAUACUACCCCACGACCAAAGUGGUUUUAAGACCUUUCAAUUUAAAUUGCUACAGUUUCMCAUUACAACAGAGCAAAUAACGGGUUCCAAUUCUCUGGAAAGUAGACAUUACGGAUAGACCSAGCGACUUUUUGUGAUSCAUUGAAUACAUCUUGCUUGCCAUUGCAUGUUGCUCACAAUAGAAAUGGAACGAUGGCCUUGCGACCAAGCUUGGAAUAAUCGUCGCGGUGGUUCUCCUCCUUCGCGCCAUCGCUAAUGUUUUUAUCACCGUUGUUCGUCCCGCCRUUGGCAGCACAAAACGUGUCGAGGUACCAUUCGUGCGUCAGGAUCGCCCGCGGGACCAGGUUUGCGGCCGUCCAGACGACAAACGAAAAUGCCGCCAGGGAACCACCCGACGCCACGAAAAACCCCGUCCAUUCCACCAGCUCCCCGAAGUAGUGCGGCGAGCUGACCCACCGAAACAAGCCACCAUAGGGUAUGGCGUAGCCAUGGCGGUUGUGCCUUUGUCGCCGCUUGCCCUGUUUCUGCUUGAGAGCCAGCAGGAUCCGAUCGGAGGUGACCGUGAUACAGAAUCCUCCCACCAUGCAGGAAACCCCCACCCAAAAUCGACAAGCCAGUAGCAACGACGAAAAACCAUCAUCGCCUUCGUACCUAAUUGGAACGCUCGUUUGGAAUCUUGUUAGGCCCCUGGCCUGGAGGUAGCCGUUCGCUGCGCAGUAGAACCARGCAAUCAAGACAAUGCCCAGGGGCAUCCCCCUGUCUCGGAUGUGGUUGGUUUUGUAGUUCAUUGCUACCAGGGGGUACCAGACCGACCGAUACAGGUAGUGAAAAAAGAACCAUGCCAGCAAGAUUUUGUUGGCCGCCGGAAGAGCAGYGUUGGUGCUGGCGUUCGCGUUGUCGUUGGAGUUUAUGGCACCGCUUCGAUAGGAACGGUCCAACACACAGGCUAUCACCCACAGGCAGUUGGGGGAUUCAAAAAAUACCCACGACCACUUGGUCGGAAGGAGCGGCCCUAGCCAAUGACGUGUGUGGYGUGUUUUUUGUUGGUGUUGWUCUUGUUGSUUUUGCUUUUGCUGCUGGCGUUGUUGCCUUGGAUCRGUGUCUGUCGUCUCUUSCUCCCUGCUGUUGCUUACCACGGAAGGACGCAUUCGUCUCCUCAGUGAUGGCGAURAAGUUUCCAYAGCAUUCUUCGGUGGUGGUGGAAGGGUGGUGUCACUACUAUCRKAAAUUGUMUUCGCUUCCGCGUUCUUGGCGACCAGGUGUUUACCAUACGUAGGAGGCCGAAUCCCAAGCAGUAUAAAAACGACGAUGGGAGACAACGAAAUAACGGCCAGCGACACCCUCCUGUGUAACAGAAAUUCCUCUUCGCCGCCGUCGAAAUCGAGCAUCGUUUCAAUUAAGUUGGUUACUUGCUUUUACUUUUACUUCRUUUCGAUACAAGAGGUGUGCUUGCGGUGAGUGAGAGACCUCUUAACACAACUAUGUAACAACCUGAUCAGAGUUAAUUCAUCGUCGGACGUAUUUUUCAUUUUUACCAAUCCUACCGGUACCAUUAGUAAACUGCUCUUGUAUUCACAGUAUUGUUGUACCAGAACGAAAUCCCACUCGUKGUAAUCGAAAGUUUUCACUCAGAUUUCUCCACUAUUUAAAUUUCAACUCGGGCAUUCAUUCGAAUGGCAUGAGUAAGGGUAUUGAAUUACCGGUAUUUUAACGUUCUGUCUCAGCUUUUUCUUCGUUGGUGCCCUCGUGGUACCCGUAACAAUAAAGAGUGAGCUUAUUC